UUUCGGCCCGAGAGAGCGAGGCCAUGCAGAGUGGACUCGUACUGUCGCGGCUUCCGCUUUUCCAGCAGCUCGAGUACAAGGAUGAUCGAGUACGACGAGGGCAAGUGGGCCAUAGCGUUCAUUUUCCAGCUGCGCGGGUCGGUGAUCCCGAAGGCGCUGAUCUGGGCCGUGCCCGCCGCGCUGAUGAGCGGGCUGCUGCGCUUGCUGAUCGACGACGAGACGGUGGCCGAGUACGAGGAGGGAGACAUCUCUGCGAAUGGCAACUCCCUCUCCUUUGUCCUGGGCUUCCUGAUCGUGUUCAGGACGCAGAAGGCUUACGACCGAUGGUGGAGUGCGGGCGCUGCCCUGAACGAAGUGCGCGCCGACUGGUUUAACGCCUACUCGUCCUUGGUCGCGUUCGGGAACCAGGACACGGACCCAGCGAAGCGGGAGACGCUCGAAGCCUGGAUCCACGAGAUCGCGAGAUAUUUCAGUCUUUUGUACGGAUGUGCUUUGUCUCAGUGCUCAACGAGUUCCGAGUUGAAACUGGAGUUUAUCGACUUCUCUGGCGUAGACACACCCCACCUUAGACACUUGCUUGCUACGUACGAUCAGUGCGAGCUCGUACUCCAAUGGAUACAGCGGUGCAUCGUUGAGGCUGCAGAAUGUGAGCUCAUCAAGAUCGCCCCUCCGAUUCUCUCCCGGGUCUACAACCAGCUAGGUGCUGGCAUUGUCAAAUUGACGAGCGCGCGUCAGAUCAAAGCUUUCCCAAUUCCUUUUUUACUUGCGCAGAUGAUCACGACUCUUAUGAUUAUCCACUGGAUUUCGAGUUCGGUUGCCUACGCACUGUCACUGCAAAGCGUGCUCGCAGUGAUGCUUGUGUGCUUCCUCGGCCAGAUGUGCUUUUGGGGAGUUCACUAUAUCGCCGUGGAAAUGGAAGGUCCUUAUGGUGGUGAGGCGAACGACUUAUGUUUAGAGGAGAUAUGCAGUCGGACAUGAACAGGAGCUUGCUGGCCAUUGCGCAUCCACUGGCGCGGAACACGCCCACGUUCGAGCAUGAUUAUGGAUAAUAAGCCGCUGGCCAUGCUCUCCCUGGAUCUCAACUUAGAUAACUUGAGCGCAUGUGCGCAGACUUUGAUGAACUUCCCAAAAGCAUAUCAAGAGACCCAAGAUGCAGGAAUUCGGGAACAAGGCCUUUCAGCGGCGUCGUCAGCAGGGUCGCAGCAGAACUUAGAUGGCGCGGUAGCGAGACUGCGGAGCACUUGAAGGA